AUGAAGCGCCGAGAUGAAUUUCGGGAGCAACAAGCCAUCAAAGCCGUCCAAAGGCACCUCCAUGCCCUUCAAGAGGCUCAAGCAUCAUCGCGCAAGCCCCGCCGGCGGCAGAGCAUCGCCGCGGCUGCAAGUCCCGCGCCGCCUGCCGCCUACUUGACUUUUGAUGCUCCCACAUCCGAGCCUAUCCCUGUACCAUUGCAAGCAGCUGCAACCCCCGUCAGAUCGCGCAGAAAGGCCACAGAGGAUCUGGUCCCCGGCUCCCGUGAAGCGAAACGCCGGCGCGAGGAAGCGGUGCAGCUUGGCUGCGAAGCUCUCGUCGCUGCUGUCGCGCAGGUCCAUGGCCAUGACGACGCUCUGGUUGCCGAAACAGCUCAGGCUGCUGCGCAGAAAUACGUGCCAUCUGUCACAGCUGGCACAGUGGCCCAGAUCCGCCUGCAGUGCACAGCAGAACUGCUGCCCAUUCUUCCAGACCAGACACCGCAGCUUCUUGGAACGGUCGCCCAUCACAAAACCAAGGACAUAUUAGCAACCAUGCCUGGUGUGACGCGCUACGCUGUGCAACAGGCGCGCGCGAACAAUCUGCACUAUGGAGUUGGCCAAAUCGCUCAGCGGACGCCAGCCACGCCGCGCAAGUCGCGCCCUCUAGAUGCGAGCGUCCGCGCAUUCACGCUGGAUCACUCAGUUCCCAGUGCUCACAAGACAAAGGUGGACCCUGUCACUGGUGAGGCGAAGCCUAUCGUCUACCUGGAAACAUCGAUGCGGAAGAUGCACGAAGACGCCCAGAAAAACGGCCUCCUGUGCUCUUGGAGCGUGUUCCAGCGCGCUCUACACGCAGGAGAGUUUAUAUUCCAGCGGCGUGUUCCUGAAAACGGACUUUGCGGCAACUGCCACCGAGCGUUCGCGGUUUUUAGCGAGGAUAUCCCUUUUCUGCUGCAAGAACUGGAACGAUUGACGAUCGCUUUUCCGGACGCACAUACGGCAGGGCUGCGUCUACAAGGGCUGAGGGACCAUCUUUUCGCUUUGACAGCUGAUCCAACCAAGCAUUACGACCACCCCUUCCACUGCCUCGCAUUCGGGUUGGACGACUGCCAGCAGCAGCACCACCUCGGCGUGCUCAGCAGUCCCCAGCCGUGCCCAAUCUGCACCCAAGGCCUCACUACCCUUGCCGAUCUGAGCCUGCACAUCGACGCCCAUCUCCCUCAAAACCCCGGCGAAUGCGCCGAUAUGCAGACCAUCCUGGAGCGAGGAUGCCAAACUCUUCAGCAGUGGGUGGCGCACCUUCUCCGCUCGGCUCAUACUCGAUCCCUCAUCAACAAGACGAUCAACAACCUAGGUCCCGGUCAAGCUGUGUUCUUGUGUGAUUUCAAAAUGAAAAUCAUGCCAGAUAACUAUCGUCAGAGCAGCCAAGCUUUUUUCGCGAAAACUGGGAUCUCUUUUCAUGGAAUAGUGUUCUUUUUCCGUCAACCCAGCACGAACGAAGUAGCCAUGCUUCACUUCGACGCCUGGCUGCCCGAUGAAAAACAGGACUGGAUUCUGAUCAUCCAUCAUCUGCAAGCUGUGUUUGCAGUCAUCAACUCGCUGAUCACAGAGGGACGAGUUCCACCAAUCAAUACUGCCUCUGUUGUUACAGACGCAGGUGCACACUACGUCAACUCGCCAUUCAGCGUCUUCCUAUCCAGUAAGAUGCAUACUCAAGCGAGUUUCGACAUCACCGACCUUUGGCACUUCGAGGCUGGUGAAGGCAAGUCACGCAUCGACCUUCACUUUGCGCACGUCAGCGCAAAGUUCAGCGAGUUCAUGAAAGGUGGCAACUCAAUUAACAACGGCAUGGAUGUCGAAAAAGCGCUCGCUACGAUGCCAGGAACGACUGUCCACCAGCUGCACAUUGACGAAGCGACGCGUCGCCGCCUUCAAAAGGUCCCAAAGAGUAUCCCAACUCUGGAUCAGGCAGGUCACAUCGUGUACAACAACGGUGGCAUGCAGGGAUUCCGACUGAGCGACCGCUGCAUGCUGUUCGAGUACACUGGCGAGCGGCUGCGAGAAGUCUAUCGCCACGACUUCUCGACGCACCUGACCCUUGGCCAGCAGAACAGUCCGCAUUGGAGCAACAACGCCGAACACCACGCCCAGAUUCGGCGUGAACGAGACUCCCACCCCGAGACUGCUGCCGUUUCUCCAGCGACCCCCGAGACUGCUGCC